CUAUUUGGCAGACUAGUUGUCAAAUCAAAUCACAAUUUCAGACCACCGAAAGUGGUGCAGCAUUUACAAUUUGCUAUUUUUAUGAAUGAGAAUUUAAUCAAUCUUGCCUGUAUAAUGGGUGACAUAAGUAAAUUAUGAAGAUUAAUUCGAUCGCGGCGUUCACAAAUGGCUGCGGAUUCGCUAUUAAAAACGGGAAAACACUCGAAGUAUAUAUCGUAUAGAAAGAUUUUGUACCAUAGGUUUUUCGUUGGGUUGCUGUUGUUUAUAUUGGUGACUUUAGCGAUUACUGUGUUGUUUAAUGCUCUGUCGAGUAGUACGCCGCGGACAGUUGUGCACGAAGCAGUGAAUUUGGACCGCAGUGUUGUGGUGAAGUUGGGGCAAGAUGCAGCUACAGCGAAACCCAGGGAUGCAAAUUGUACUUACUGGGAUUGCUUUAACGUGUACCGGUGCGGCAGAGGCGGCCACAAUAAGAUAACAAUAUACAUAUACCCGAGAACGGACUUCCUCACGCCAGAGGGUCCUAUAUCAACAUUUUCUAGAGAAUUUUACGUAAUUUUAGAUACUAUAAGACAUAGUAAAUAUUAUACAGCGAACCCAGAGGAGGCGUGCUUGCUAAUUCCUAGUAUAGACACUCUAAAUCAACGUAGUUUUUUAAGCAAAUAUGUAUCACAGGCUUUCAACAUUCUUUCACAUUGGAACAAUGGAGAAAACCACCUUAUAUUUAACAUGCUGCCCGGAUCAGCACCCAACUAUGAGACUGUCCUCGAUCUCAAUACAGGGAAGGCCAUCAUAGCCGGGGCCGGGUUCGACACGUGGUCCUUCCGCUACGGCUUCGACGUGGCCAUCCCCGUCCACAGCCCGCUGGCCACUCACAUAGACAGCACACAACCAGACGACAAGAAAUACUUAAUAUUAUCCACCCAACUAAAUAUCCCGAGAGAUUACUUAUUUAUAUUACAGAAUAUAGCAUCGUCAUCGAACGAUCUAAUACUUCUAGAUAGGUGUAAAGGUGCCGAUCACAGUAAACGCUGUGAGUACGUGACAGGGAGGAUAUUUAACUACCCGGAAGUAUUAAAAGAUGGGAUGUUUUGUUUAGUCAUACGUAGUGCGAGACUAUCCCAAGCUAUGUUAAUGGAUAUUAUAGCAUCACAGUGUAUUCCUAUUAUAGUGGCUGAUUCUAUUGUGAUGCCUUUUAACUCGCAUGUGGAUUGGAAUAAAAUAGCAAUAUUUGUACCUGAAGAGAAUUUGAAGAAUGUUUUGAAGAUAGUGCAUGCAGUGAGCGAGGAGAGGCGUGGGGAGUUAUUCUGGCAGCAGAGAUGGGUGUAUGAGAGAUACUUCUCGAGUAUACAGAAGAUAACUAUGACUAUGUUGGAGAUUAUUAAUGAGAAGGUGUUCCCGUUGGCAGCUAGGAGUUACGAGGAUUGGAACAUGCCGGAGCACUUGUACGGUCCGGUGAACCCGCUCUUCCUCCCAGUGACCGCGCCGAAGGGCCCGGGCUUCACCGCGGUCAUAUUGACCUACGACCGGGUGGACAGUCUAUUCACAUUAGUGCGAAAACUGGUGCGCACACCUAGUCUGGCCAAGAUCCUCGUCGUGUGGAAUAACCAACGGAAAGCGCCGCCUCCAUCGUCCGAAUGGCCAGUGAUCAACAAGCCGCUGAAAGUGAUAAGGACCAAAGAGAACAAACUAUCCAAUCGUUUCUUCCCGUACGACGAGAUCGAGACUGAGUGCCAGCUCACUAUUGACGAUGAUAUUGUCAUGUUGACGCCCGAUGAAUUAGAGUUUGGUUUCGACGUGUGGCGUGAGUUUCCUGACCGGAUAGUGGGGUUCCCGUCCCGCCUCCACGUGUGGGACAACGGCACUAACUCCUGGCGGUACCACAGCGAGUGGACCAAUCAGAUUUCCAUGGUACUAACCGGCGCCGCGUUUCACCACAAGCUCUGGUCGUGGUACUACACGUACCGAAUGCCGGCCGCCGUGCGCUCGUGGGUCGACGACAACUUCAACUGCGAGGACAUCGCGAUGAACUUCCUAGUGGCCAACGUCACCGGCAAGCCGCCUAUUAAGGUGACCCCCCGUAAGAAGUUCAAAUGCCCCGAGUGCACCAACACGGAGAUGCUCUCCGCCGACGCGCACCACAUGACCCAACGCUCCGCCUGCAUACAACGCUUCACGCAAAUAUACGGACACAUGGCCUUGAAAUCCGUGGAGUUCAGAGCCGAUCCCCUGCAGUAUAUGGAGAAUUCCGGUAUACCACAUAUGUAUCCUGAUAUUGGAACGCUUUAA